UCGCUCUCACUCUCAGUGUGAAAAAAAGAUUACAGAGUGAAUAAAAGUUUGCACAGUCUCUUCCGUGUUGAGAAUGUCAAAGAUACUCUUUGACCUCCAUUAAAGACUGAAAAGACACCUGCACCUGUUUUCUGAAGUACCUGGAUUAAUCAUCUUAUUUGAGAAUGCUCAUUCUUGUGUGUAUUUUGUUAUUCUGGAAAGUCGUUAACGCAGGUGUAUCCACAGGUUCUCACUCACUGAUGGCUUUUGCAACUUACAUAGAUGGACAAACAGCUUUUCCUGAGUUCAGUGUUGUGCUGAUGUUGGAUGACGUACAAAUAGCGUAUUAUGACUCAACCACGUGGAAAGUUGUUUAUCGCUCUCACGGUGAUUCACAGUACUAUGAUGAAGAGCAAAGUGAUGGUGGUGUCAUAUUUCAGUAUAUAUAUAACAAUCUGAAACAGCAAGCAUUUUAUCUCAAGGAUCACCUAAAUCACACAUACCACACAGGUGUACAUGUUCAUCAGAGACUUGUUGGUUGUGAAUUACUGAACAAUGAUAAACCGGGUCUACUUAAGUCAUGGGAUGCUUUUGAUCAGUUAAAUACUGAAGAGUUUGCCUUCAGUGCAGAAAAAAACGAUAUGCAAGUGACAAAGCCAUGGAUGUCAUGGAGCCAACAAGAAUGGCAUAAUAAAAAGUUCCUCCAUGAAUAUAUUUAUCAACCUAUUUGCAUUAAAACCUUGCGGAGGUACCUGAAUAUGGAAAAGAACAAUGUCAUGAGGAAAGUGAAACCCAGAGUCAGGCUCAUGAAGAAGACGCUCUCAGACUCUGGUGGGCUUCAGAUCAGCUGUCUGGCCACUGGUUUUUACCCGCGUCACAUUAACCUGACCCUGUUCAGAGACGGUCAGCCUGUGGAUGAUGAUCAGAUCACAGGAGGAGAGAUUCUGCCCAACGGAGACGGGACUUACCAGAUGAGGAAGACUUUGGUGAUCGCUGAAGAAGAGCUACGUGAGGAACAUAAAUACAACUGUUCAAUGAAGCACCUCAGUCUGGACAACAAACUGGACAUUACUUUUGAUGAGACUGAAUCUGGCCCAGGAUCAUCUACUCAGUCUGUAGUUUACAGUGUUUUGUCUGUGGCUGUUCUCAUCAUAACUGCACUUAUCAUAUGGAGAAAAAGACAUGCUGCUGGACGAGGAUCAGAGACGUCAAAGAGUGAUUAUUCCCUUAAUCCAUCUUCCGUGCAAGAUGAAACAUAAAAAGUGAGUCUACACGGGCUUACAUUAUAUUCAAGAUAAUGCAUAGCCUUACCAUUUGCUUGUUGGAUUUUAUUUGUGUUACAAUAAUAGUUAUAGAGGACUGAAGUUGAGAAUCACUGGCGUGUAGUAUGGAAAAAUGGGCUGAAGUCCUAACAUUUAAGAACUUUGUUUCUUGCUGUAUUGUAUAAUACUGAAUUAUUUUGCUCACUUUUAUUCUCUUGGAUGGUUGUACCUUCGUAUAGUAUCAUAGACAUUACAUGUUUUUAGAAGUAAUUUGUCAUGUUGAAUAAAAAACUUGAGUCAUUAUGCA